AUGGUGAACAAAGGCAGACUCAAGAUGGCCCUUGCGGCCGAGAAGGGCGUCGACUUCCAGAAGCUGCAUCAGAAAAAGGUAGCAAAGCAGGCUCAGAAGAAGAAGGUCCAGAAGCCCGCAGCCAAUGGUGGGGCAGAAGACGAGGACAACCUUGACGAGGACGAGGACGAGGGCGGUGCGCCAGUAUCAGACGAUGACGACAACAGCGAAGACGAGGAGGAGGAAUCAGACAUUGAGAUGGCUGGUGCCAUGCACGACGAAUCCAGCAGCGACUCGGAGGUCGAAAUGGAGAAGAAGAUCGAGCGCAAGCCCAAGUCGAGCCUGAAGGCGACGAAAGCUGCAGCCCCGAAGCCGGCCCAAGACGACGAGGAUGAGGACGAGGACGAGGAUGAAGAGGAGGACGAGGAGGACAUCCCCAUGUCCGACCUCGAGGAUCUCGACGACGACGAGAAGGAAGACCUGAUCCCCCACACCCGGCUCACCAUCAACAACACCACGGCCCUCCUUGCCUCCCUCAACCGUAUAGCGAUUCCCACCGACAAGUCUGUUCCAUUUGCGACACAUCAAGUUAUAAUCAGCGAUGAGCCGACGGCAGAAGGCAUCGAGGAUAUCCAGGAUGAUCUGAAGCGGGAGCUGGCCUUCUACAAGCAGUCGCUCGAAGCUGCCAAGAAGGCGCGCACGCUGCUGAAGAGCGAAGGCGUACCCUUCAGCCGACCUAACGACUACUUUGCCGAGAUGGUCAAGGACGACGGUCACAUGGAGAGAGUAAAGGCCAAGCUGGUGGAGGAGGCCUCGGCCAAGAAAGCCUCCAGUGAGGCGCGCAAGUUGCGAGACCUGAAGAAGUUUGGCAAACAGGUGCAGGUCGCCAAGCUCCAAGAGCGCCAAAAGGCCAAACGCGACACGCUGGACCAGAUCAAGUCGCUGAAGAGGAGUACGCGGCACCGCCCCCCCGAUUUCGCCGUAGACUAUGCUAACCCUUUGACAGAGCGACAGGAAUCCUCCGGCGACGUUGGCACCAACGAGGCCGAUCUUUUCGACGUUGGAGUCGAGAAGGAGCUGAAGAAGCACGGCGGCCAGAAGGCAUUUGGCCGUGGCGGCCGGGAGGGCGGUGUCAACGCCAAGAGGCAAAAGAGGAACGAGAAGUUUGGCUACGGCGGCAAGAAGAAGAACGCCAAGUCCGGGGAUGCUACCAGCAGCGGAGACAUGAGCGGGUUCAGUGCGAGGAGAAUGAAGACGGGUGCGAAGGGCAAGCCAGCCAAGACGUCCAGGUUAGGGAAGAGCAGGCGGCAGGCUGGAGGCAACAAGUACUAG